AUUUGUAUCUGUGUUUAUGCCUGUGUGUGCCGCGCCCGCCCGUGCCGCCGCGGACCCGCCCGCCCGCGCCUUCCGGCGCCGUGACCCGGCAGUGACGCGGACAUGGCGGCUCGCUGAGGCGCGGAGCGGGCCGGGCCCGGGGCGGAGCGCGGCGGAGCGGGCGGUGGCUCCUUGGCCGCACUCUGUUCUCAGAGUUCAGGCUCGGGAGCUGCCGCGCCCCCGCGUCCCCGGCCCGGCCCCGCGGCCCCGCGGGUCACCCAGCCCAAGAUGAAGACCGUGCUGAUGGUGGCGGAGAAGCCAUCCCUGGCGCAAUCCAUCGCCAAGAUCCUCUCGAGAGGAAACAUGUCCUCUCGCAAGGGACUGAAUGGUGCCUGCUCUGUGCAUGAAUACACAGGAUCCUUUAUUGGACAGAGUGCCCACUUCAAGAUGACAUCUGUGUGUGGUCACGUCAUGACUUUGGAUUUCAUAGGAAAAUAUAACAGCUGGGACAAGGUGGAUCCAGCAGAACUUUUUAGCAAAGCUCCCACAGAAAAGAAAGAAGCUAAUCCCAAACUGACCAUGGUGAAGUUUUUACAGGUGGAGGGAAGAGGCUGUGAUUGUAUUGUCUUGUGGUUGGAUUGUGAUAAAGAAGGAGAAAACAUCUGUUUUGAAGUUCUUGAUGCUGUUCUUCCUGUCAUGAACAAACCUCGUGGCACGGAAAGGUCGAUUUACAGAGCUAGAUUCAGCUCCAUCACUGACACAGACAUCUGCAAUGCCAUGAAUCACUUGGGAGAACCCAAUCGCAACGAGGCUCUGUCCGUGGAUGCCCGUCAGGAGCUGGAUCUGAGGAUUGGCUGUGCAUUCACAAGGUUUCAGACUAAAUAUUUUCAGGGGAAAUAUGGGAAUUUAGACAGUUCCCUCAUCUCCUUUGGGCCAUGUCAGACCCCAACACUUGGAUUCUGUGUUGAACGGCAUGACAAAAUCCAGUCAUUUAAGCCUGAGACUUACUGGGUGUUGCAAGCUAAAGUGAACCCUGAAAAAGAAAGUUCUCUCACUUUAGAUUGGGAUAGAGUGAGAGUGUUUGAUCGUGAAGUUGCUCAAAUGUUCCUGAAUAUAACAAAGAUGUCAAAAGAAGCAAGGGUAGAAUCUGUGAGUAAAAAAGAGAAGGUGAAGCAGAGACCACUGGCUCUGAACACGGUAGAAAUGCUACGAGUGGCCAGUGCUGCUUUAGGAAUGGGUCCACAACAUGCCAUGCAAAUAGCAGAGCGUCUUUAUACUCAGGGUUAUAUUAGCUACCCUCGAACAGAAACCACCCAUUACCCAGAAAACUUUGACUUGAAAGGAUGUCUGAGACAACAAGCCAAUAAUCCUUACUGGGCAGAAACUGUAAAUGCAUUGCUAUCAGAAGGCAUUAAUCAUCCAAGGAAAGGCCAUGAUGCAGGAGACCAUCCUCCCAUCACCCCAAUGAGAGCUGCAACAGAAGCAGAAUUAGGUGGAGACGGGUGGCGGCUCUACGAGUACAUAACUCGGCACUUCAUUGCCACUGUCAGUGCUGACUGCAAGUACCUGCAAACCACCAUUGCCUUCAGUAUUGGCCCUGAACGAUUCACCUGUGUUGGAAAGGUGGUAACUUCACCAGGGUUCACAGAAAUUAUGCCGUGGCACAGCAUCCCAUUAGAAGAGAGCCUUCCCUGCUGUGAGAAGGGAGAUCUUUUUCCAAUUGGUGAAAUAAAGUUGCUGGAAAAGCAAACCAGUCCCCCUGAUUACCUGACAGAAGCAGAACUGAUCACUCUGAUGGAAAAGCAUGGCAUUGGAACUGAUGCCAGUAUUCCAGUCCACAUUAACAACAUUUGCCAGCGAAACUAUGUCACAGUGGAGAGUGGUCGGAGACUAAAGCCUACAAACCUUGGCAUUGUUCUGGUUCAUGGUUAUUACAAAAUAGAUGCAGAAUUGGUUCUCCCUACGAUCCGCAGUGCUGUAGAGAAGCAACUCAACUUAAUAGCUCUGGGUAAAGCAAAUUAUCAUCAGGUCCUGGAGCACACCCUUGACAUUUUCAAAAGGAAAUUUCACUAUUUUGUGGAUUCUAUUGCAGGUAUGGAUGAACUGAUGGAAGUUUCUUUUUCACCCUUGGCUGCCACGGGAAAACCCCUUUCCCGCUGUGGUAAAUGCCAUCGUUUCAUGAAGUAUAUUCAGGCCAAGCCGAGUCGCCUGCACUGCUCCCACUGUGAUGACACCUACAGUCUCCCACAGAACGGUACCAUUAAACUCUAUAAAGAGCUGCGUUGUCCCCUAGAUGACUUUGAGCUGGUGCUGUGGUCAUCUGGAUCCAGAGGAAAGAGCUAUCCACUGUGUCCAUACUGUUACAACCAUCCUCCUUUCAGGGACAUGAAAAAAGGAAUGGGCUGUAAUGAAUGCACCCACCCCACGUGCCAGCAUUCCCUUAGCAUGCUUGGAAUUGGGCAGUGCGUCGAGUGUGAGAAUGGGGUCCUGGUGCUGGACUCAACGUCGGGGCCCAAGUGGAAGAUGGCCUGCAACAAGUGCAACGUCGUCGUGCACUUCUUUGAGAACGCCCACAAGGUGCGGGUGUCGCCGGAGACCUGCGACCUGUGUGAGGCUGGGCUCGUGGACGUGGAUUUUAACAAAGCCAAGUCUCCUCUACCCGGUGAUGAGACCCAGCACUCCGGCUGCGUGUUCUGUGACCCUGUGUUCCAAGAUCUGGUAGAGCUGAAACAUGCAGCCAUGAGGCACCCCAUGCACCGAGGGGGACAAGGGAAAAGGCAAGGGCGCGGAAGGGGGAAAAGCCGGAGACCUGGAGGAAGGGUCAACCCAAAGAAACCCAAGGACAAAAUGGCAGCUCUGGCUGCUUACUUUGUGUAAUGGCCACACAACAGUAAAAUAAACUUCAUACAAAAAUUUGUUUCUCUUGGAGGUCAUUUUUAAGUGUUUUUAAUCUUCACUGCUUUCCUGUUCUUAGAACAGUUAGAACACCAUAAGUUGUUGUAUGCCUUGAUUUAAUCUUAAAACAAAUUUUUCUGGAUGAUCCAUUAGUAACUGAGUAAACCUUUAAGCUUUUGAUUGGGAUUCAUUGAUAAAAAUAGAGCUCACAAACAAUAGGGACACUCAAGGAGUCUACAUGGACUGUUACCUGUGGCUGGUAGAAGGGAAAUGAAAUUUCUCUCUUCUGUCAUUUCUGGUUCCUUUGUCAGCAAUACAAGUGCCAGGAAUAUAAGAACUGAUUAAGAUCAGUGUUAUGCUGCUGUAGUCUUUAAGUGUGGCAUGCGACUUGCUUCAUCUGACUUUGAGUCUUCAAAAAUAAUAAAUGACUAGUAGUUGUCA